AUGGUACAUGAAGCUGACCCAGGUGCAACGGCGAUCACUCUGGUACCUCUCGAUGUGCCUAAAUCCCCCAUUUGUCAACCGGACUAUCCCAUGUCUACCGCUGUAACCCUUCCGCCCGGUUGUACGUACGGCCCUUCACUUAGACUUACUCCUCGUGGUGUCGUCUCUCGCCAACUCUCCACACCCUCCGCCGCAUGUGAUGGGGAAGAUGUGAGAAUCAUCUAUGUCGACUUCCCCUUAGGAUCCUCCGAAAACCCGUUUUUCUUCUCGCGCAGGCGUAAGCUCGGUAUUAUGUUAGUAGCGCUCUUUUACGCUAUGAUCACAGCAUACGAGACGUCAUCAUACUCUAUAGGGGCUCCUUCAAUGCAAAGAGAUCUACACGCAACAGAUUUACAGGCUGCGAGCGGUGUUUCUCUGUAUGGCUGGGGCUUUGCUAUCGGCCCGUUGAUGUUAGCACCGUUGACAGAAGAGUUCGGACGUUACUGGAUAUACAUGGGAUCGAUUCUAUCUUACACUUUAGUGCACUUGACGCAUGGACUCGGAAAGAAUAUAGCGACUGUUCUUGUGGGUAGAUUUCUCCUAGGCCUUACAGGCUGUAUUGGCGCUACAGUGGUCGCUGGUACCGUAUCGGAUAUCUAUCCUCCCAACAAGCGAGGUCCACCGAUGGGAUUUUUCACAUUAUCGGUGGUACUGGGACCAGGUUUGGGAGCGGCCACAAUGUGCUGGGCUGAAGCGAAUCCGCAUCUCGAGUGGAGGUGGAUUUCGUGGAUACAAAUGAUUGCACUUGCCGCUUAUUUGCCGAUUGCAUUCCUGGUCCUGCGGGAAACGCGAGCUUCAGUGUUAUUGCGCCGGAAAGCAAAGAAACUUCGGAUAGAGCGCGGAAUGCUAGAUGGCGGACGUUACACGGCGCGAAGUGAAGUAGACAAAGAAGAGUUCUGGGCGGCAAUGCGACGUAGUCUCAGUCGCCCAAUUUUGUUCCUGAUGAUGGAGCCCAUCGUCACCUUUUUCGCUAUCUGGGCUGCGUUAGUGUGGGGUGUCUUCUUUGUGCAGAUCGCUGGGUUGCCUUAUGUAUUCAAGUCCAUACACGGGUUCGGAACAACAGCCGCUGGAUCUACAUACUGGGCCAUUGUGGUUGGAUCAAUGAUAGGUUACUUGCUCAAUUUCAUCCAGGAUCAUCUGUACAAGAAAAAUGUUGGACGCAUCGGAGUGGAGGCUCGACUGUAUGCGGCUUGUGCAGCUGGCAUCGUCUUCGCUAUAGGUUGUGUCAUCUUCGGCUUAACGUCUAUACCCAGCGUCCAUUGGAUUGCUCCAUGCAUCGGUAUUGCAAUCAUCCUAGCAGCGGCAUACACCAUAUAUCAAACUUGCUUUAUCUAUCUUUCGGAAUGCUAUGGCACACACGCAUCCUCAGCUGUAGCUGGAAUGUCAUGUUUGCGGAUUCUUCUCGGCAGCAGUUUCGCCAUGUUCACCACUAAACUCUUCGACACAUUAACUCCCCGGUGGGGUCUGCUCAUGAUAGGCUGCAUUGCUCUAGUCUUAGCACCAAUACCAUUUAUCGCGCUUCUCAAAGGACCAUGGAUCAGGGAGAGAAGCCCCUACAGUAAAAUUUUGAUGGCAGAGGAGCGUGAACGGAUCGAGGCAGAAGGUCUGUCUCAGGGGACUGGUGACCUGGAGAGCCGAAUGGAAAUUAUGGAGGGAGAGGCCCUUCUGGAAGGUGAUCGUGUUUUGGAAUCAAACGUACAUGAGCCCAAGCAUCCCGCUGGAAGGCCAACGCCGGAAGGCAGCUGA